AUGAGCCUAGUGUUCGGACAGGUCGAGCCGGCCGUCUUUCAGGCCUACGCCUUCUGGGCGGCCGUACUUGCGCUGAAGAUGCUCGUCAUGUCCAUCCUUACCGGGAUGCAGCGUGGCUCGAAGAAGGUCUUCUCGAACCCGGAAGAUGUUAAGCCGGGCGGUACGGUGGCGUACAACGAUCCGGACGUGGAACGUGUCCGACGUGCGCACCGGAACGAUAUGGAAAACAUUCUUCCCUACUUCAUCGUCGGCUUCCUGUACAUGUUCACCAGCCCGAGCGUGUUCGUCGCCACCAACCUCUUCCGGCUGGUCGCCGCCGUCCGCAUCAGCCACACGGUGUUCCACGCGCUCGUGCCGGUGGCCAAGUUCCGUGGGCUCUCCUGGGCGGUUGGUUUCUUCACCACCGCCUUCAUGGCGGUCCGGAUCGUGCUACACUUCCUGUAG